AGAUGGAGAGCAACAAAGAUUCGAACGGCUCCGUUUCUCCAAAAUUGAUAUUACCACUUUCGUCGCCUUAAAAUUUUUCCGGCAAAAUGUGUAGAAGCCCUGUGUCACCUCCACAUCAUGAAUCCGAUCAUGUUUCUGGCGGAUCUGUUGAGACUAUUGUCUAUAUUUUAACUUCCGGUGGUCGUCGGAUUCCGGCACUCGCUAAAAUACUGGCAUCAGCUUCGCCGGUAUUGGAGAGCAUAAUCGAUAGGCCGCGGAAGCACCGGAGUUCCGAGAAGACUAUUCCGAUUCUCGGCGUUCCGUGUGAGGCUGUAGAGGUGUUUGUUAGAUUCAUCUAUUCCAACAGGUGCAGCGAAGAAGAGAUGGAAAAGUUCGGGAUCCAUCUGCUAGCCCUUUCUCAUGUUUACCUAAUUCCACAACUGAAAGCGAGGUGCACCAAAGCGUUGAUCGAACGGCUAACGAUAGAGAACGUCGUCGACACUCUGCAACUCGCCAGGCUCUGUGAUGCGCCGGAUCUCUACCUCAAGUGUAUGAAAUUGAUAUCCAACAGGUUCAAGGUCGUCGAAGAAUCAGAAGGUUGGAGAUUCCUACAAGACAAUGAUCCAUAUCUCGAACUCGAAAUUCUCAAGUUCAUCGAUGAAUCCGAAUCGAGGAGAAAGCGGACUAGGAAGCAUCUUCAAGAACAAAGUUUGUAUUUCCAGCUGAGUGAAGCGAUGGAUUGUUUACAGCAUAUCUGCACCGAAGGUUGCACAAGUGUAGGACCAUACGACAAGGAACCAAGCAAGAACAGGGCACCUUGCAGCAAGUUCUCAACAUGUGAAGGCCUCCAACACUCCAUUAAACACUUCGCAAUCUGUAAGAAGAGAGUUAAUGGAGGUUGUGUUCGGUGUAAACGUAUGUGGCAGCUCUUCAGACUCCAUUCUUCCAUCUGUGAAUCACCUGAUUCGACUUGCAGAGUCCCCCUAUGCAGACAAUUCAAAAUCAAAGAGCAACAAGUGAAGAACAAGAAGGAAGAAGCAAGAUGGGAAUUGCUAGUGAGAAAAGUAGUUGCAGCUAAAGCCAUAUCUUCCUUAUCUUUACCCAUGAGGAAGAGGGAACAACAAGAACAGCCAAGAUCAUUGAGAGACGCCAUGAACAACCAUGUAAGUGUAGCAUGUUGAACACGGAUUUAGGAGAAAUGAGUCUUAUUCUUUGUUUCUUUAUUUUUGUUUGAUCUGUUUAGUUUAGUGGAAAUGGUAAAGAUGGUGUUGUUUGUACAUGUGGCAUGUUUGGUGUGGGUUUAGAAUGGUAUUUUGUUAAAAAGGGUACUCUUUGUAAUUGAGAAAAAAGGGUGAGCUUUUUCGACUUUUUAAGGAAUAUUUUAGUAUCGUA